AUGGCGUCGUACCUGGAAAAUGCAUACAGCCUGGUCCACCAGGAUAACUCGGCGGAUCAGCCUAGUCUGCAGGAAUUGAAAAUGCAAUUGGAAAAGGGGACCGACGAGACCAAGCAGGAGACGAUGCGGAGAAUCAUAACAAUCAUGCUCAAUGGCGACCCAAUGGCCGGACUGCUCAUGCAUAUUAUUCGUUUCGUCAUGCCAUCGAAGAACAAGCCUCUAAAGAAACUCCUCUACUUCUACUACGAGAUAUGUCCGAAGCUUGAUGCCAAUGGCAAAUUGAAGCAAGAGAUGAUUCUAGUCUGCAACGGUAUCCGAAAUGACUUGCAACACCCUAACGAGUACAUUCGAGGCAAUACCCUCCGCUUUCUUUGCAAGCUCCGCGAGCCCGAGCUUAUCGAACCCCUCCUCUCCUCCGCUCGCUCUUGCUUGGAACACCGUCAUGCCUACGUCCGGAAGAACGCAGUGUGGGCGAUCUCAUCUAUCUUCCAACACUCCGAGUCGUUGAUUCCCGAUGCCCCUGAACUCCUUCAAACCUUCCUCGAAUCAGAAAGUGACCACACUUGCAAGCGCAAUGCGUUCGCCGCUUUGAUGUCCAUCAGCCACCAGAAGGCCUUGGAGUAUUUGAGUACAACUUUCGACAGUAUUCCCAAUGCCGAUGAACUGCUUCAGUUGGCCGAGCUGGAGUUUAUCAGGAAAGAUGCUGUUCAGAAUGCGCAAAAUAAGGCACGGUAUCUACGUUUGAUUUUUGACCUCCUAGAUGCCUCAGCAAGCACUGUCAUAUACGAAGCUGCCACUUCCCUUACCGCCCUUACCAGCAACCCUGUCGCUGUCAAGGCCGCAGCUUCGAAGCUAAUCGAACUCAGCAUCAAAGAGGCUGAUAACAACGUCAAACUCAUUGUUCUUGACAGAGUAGAUCAGCUAAGAAUCCGAAAUGAGGGAGUGCUCGAGGAUCUGACCAUGGAAAUCCUGCGCGUUCUGUCCAGCCCUGACAUUGAUGUUCGUCGCAAAGCCCUCGGCAUCGCAAUGGAGAUGGUGUCCAGCAAGAAUGUGGAGGAAAUCGUCAUGCUCUUGAAGAAGGAACUCGCCAAGACCGUGGAUGAACAGUAUGAAAAGUCGAGCGAAUACCGACAACUCCUUAUACAAUCCAUCCAUCACUGCGCCAUCAAAUUCUCAGAGAUCGCCGCCAGUGUUGUCGAUUUGUUGAUGGACUUUAUUGGCGACUUCAAUAACAACUCAGCCGUUGAUGUCAUCUCCUUUGUCAAGGAGGUUGUCGAGAAAUUUCCCAAGCUUCGUGGCUCUAUCAUCGAGCGCCUGGUAGCCACUCUCAGCGAAGUACGAGCCGGCAAGGUCUACCGAGGAGUCCUAUGGGUAAUUGGAGAAUACUCAUUGGAAACAAGUGAUAUCCGUGAGGCCUGGAAACGUAUCAGAGCCAGUCUAGGAGAGAUUCCUAUCUUAGCAUCAGAACAACGCUUGUUGGACGAAGUGCCUGACGACAAUGCUGCUGUCCUUGAGCAGGUCAAUGGCCACAAGGCAGCAGCUCCUAGCGGAUCUCGCAAAGUUCUGGCAGACGGCACAUACGCCACUGAAAGCGCUUUGACAAGUCAAUCAGCUGCAGCUGCUAAACUAGAGGCAGUCAAGGCUGCUCAGAAGCCCCCACUGCGACAGCUUAUUCUUGAUGGCGACUAUUACCUCGCAACAGUUUUGUCAUCUACUCUCACAAAGCUCGUCAUGCGACACGCUGAGGUCUCUCAGGACGCCGCUCGAACCAACGCUCUCCGUGCCGAGGCUAUGCUUAUCAUGAUUUCAAUAGUCCGAGUCGGUCAGUCUCAGUUUGUCAAGGCCCCUAUUGAUGAGGACUCGGUGGAUCGGAUUAUGACUUGUGUGCGAUCCCUAUCUGAAUUUUCCGAACGAAAAGAGCUUGAAACUACAUUUUUGGAAGACACUAGGAAAGCAUUCAAGACUAUCGUGCAAGCCGAAGAGAAGAAGCGCGCUGCCAAGGAAGCGUCCGAGAAGGCCAAGACUGCCGUCCAGAUUGACGAUGCCAUUCCCAUCAGACAACUUACCAAGAAGAAUGCCGGAGAAGGUACCGAUGAAAUUGAGCUGGAUCUCAUCAAGGCUACCGGUGGAGAUGCUACCGUGGAGGACCUGUCAUCGAAGCUUAGCCGUAUAGUACAAUUGACAGGCUUUUCGGAUCCUGUAUAUGCCGAAGCGUAUGUCCAAGUACAUCAAUUUGAUAUCAUCUUGGACGUGCUUUUGGUCAACCAGACAACGGAAACUCUACAGAAUCUUUCAGUGGAAUUCGCAACAUUGGGAGAUUUGAAGGUCGUCGAGCGCCCAACGACACAGAAUCUAGGUCCUCGGGAUUUCUUGAAUGUCCAAGCCACAGUCAAAGUGUCCUCAACUGAUGCAGGCGUCAUCUUCGGAAAUGUUGUCUACGAUGGGUCUAGCUCUACGGAGACACACGUUGUCAUUCUCAACGAUAUUCAUGCUGAUAUCAUGGACUACAUUCAACCUGCUUACUGCACCGAAACGCAAUUCCGCACGAUGUGGACGGAAUUCGAGUGGGAGAACAAGGUCAACAUAAAUUCAAAAGCCAAGGAUCUUCGCGAAUUCUUGAAACAGCUUAUGGAAAGUACUAACAUGACCUGCUUGACGCCUGACGCAUCCCUUCAAGGUGACUGCCAGUUCCUGAGCGCCAACUUAUAUGCCCGCAGCGUGUUCGGCGAGGAUGCGUUGGCGAACUUAAGUAUCGAGAAAGAAGGAGAGGACGGUCCUAUCACCGGCUUCGUGCGGAUAAGAAGUCGCUCGCAAGGUCUUGCAUUAGCUUUGGGCAACCUCAAGGGCCUCAAAGCUUCUGCCGCAUAG